AUAAACUUUCACAGCUGCAGCCGACGUCGCCUCACUUUGUGUGAAUGUGGGCGAAUGCAAGAGGGUGGAAGGGUCAACUCUGAAUGUGUGUGUGUGUGUUUAAGUUGAACUAAACGUUCAUCAAACUUUAUUUAUUUUAGGCCACACGCAGUUUUUUAAGUAAGGACAACGAUCAUACUGAAAUUUGCACAAUGGUUGCAACAAGCACACUGAAAAACAAAAACACGGAAUGUUUCUCGGAACUGAUAGACCGUAGACAUGAUCAGGCUUGCAUCGAAGAUGAGUUGGACUACUGGGACCACAGCCUGGCCGAGCCGGCGUUGAACACGGAGGCGGUGUUCGAGGACCGGACGUGCCAGCAGCUGGUCAAGAUGCUGGAGAGCUGCCUGUCGCGGGCCAAGAAGACCACGCUGAACUGCUCGGAGGUGCUGGUCCCGGAGAAGCUGACGCGGAGGAUAGCGCGCGACGUGGUGCGGCUGUCGGCGGGCGAGCCCUGCGGCCUGCGGGGCUGCGUCCUGCACGUGCUCCUGGAGGCCGAGGGCGGCUGCAAGCGGCUGGAGCGCGUGGCCUACGACCCCAGUGUGGUGCCCACCUUCGAGCUGACGCUGGUCUUCAAGCAGGACGGCAGCGCCUGGCCCAGCCUGCGGGACUUCUUCCUCAUCGGCACCUGCUUCGCGCCCGGCUUCCGCCACGCCCUCAAGCUCAGCCCGGGCUUCCGCCUCAUCAAGAGGAAGCUGUACUCGUCCUCGGCCGGGACCGUCGUGGAAGAGUACUGAGGAAGAGGGGGAAUGUGGCGGAGGAGGGGAGACUGGAGAGUUGUGGAGGGGUUUGGGUGAAUGUGGCUGAGGAGGUGAGACUGGUGGGGAGGGGUGGGUUGGGUUGGGUAAAUGUAGUGGAGGAGUAGAGAUUGGAGCAUUGGGUGGGGGGUAAGGGGGGGCUGGGGUGGUUUGGGUGAGGUGUUCAGCGCAAGCCGCACUUCACUCCUACACCUGUACAGUACCUGAAUGUAAACACUCCAACUGAAUGUCCGCUUGUUUUUUAUUGGAAAAGUAGAGAGCAGGUCAGGUGUUUAGGUGAUUUGUGUAUUUGGUAUUAUUGAAAGUGGAUGAAAGGGCAGUAGGUUCAGGAUUGAUGGCAGAGAUGCAGGUGUUAUGUCUGAAUGUUAGUUUUGCAUUCUAGUUCAUAUUGUCCCCAUUUUUAUUUUUUUUAUUUUUUUUAAGCCCCUCAGAUAAUUUUGGUAAACCCACAAUUCCUGUCAACAGAUACUUGGUUUCUCUUAAAUCAGCCCUAUCUAUUUUGAGGCCCAGUGUUUGCUUUAGUUAAAGAUGGUGUUCUUGCACAUAUGUUGUAUUUUUCUCCCUUUUAUUCCAGUCAAAAUGAGCAAAUUAUCAUAUUUUGCAGUUUACACACUUAUUUACCAGGUACACCAUGGCAUGUGAUUGCCAGCUUUUUUUUUUUUUUUUGUUUUGUUUUUAUAUUGUGACAUUUGGGAUGUUAUGUUCCACUUUUGUCCACUGAUGUUCUGUGAACUAUUUAACACUUUCAGUUUUUGGGGGGAGGGAUCAAAUUUGAAGGUGUUUGGGGCCAUAUUUUUAGAUGAGUAGAACUGUCAAAAGAAUGCGUGUGUGUAUAUAUUUUUUGGUAACUAGCCAUGAAACAUCUGUCCAAGCAAAUCUGCUGCUUUUUAUUAGAGGGACAGGGGUCUCUUGAAGGGUCGUCAAACCAGCACCUCAAGAGUGCCUUUUACCCCCAUAAUGAGUGGAGCUAUAGUUAAGCUAGCAGUCAUUGACUCUCUUCAACCAAUCAAAAAUGGUCCUUCCACCACAGAACUACAAUUGGAUCUGAUCAGCGAGUCACAGGUGGCGAUGAUAGCUCCGCCCAUUUUGCAAGAUUGGUUCCAUUCUCAUUUCUGGCUAUGUAUACACACAUUGGAGUCUGUAAUAUGAACAGGAAUGGGAUUCCAUCUGCCUAUUUAAUCUGUUUGCACUUUGCACGUUUGUUUCGUUUUGUUGGAGAUCAUUGCACUACGGGAGUUUUGGCGUAUGUUUGUCUGUUCAGUUUAAAAUGCUUAAAGCAGAGAUCAAAGCAUUUUGUAUUUUUCUUUCUCCACGUUUGGUCAUUGCGAUGCCUCUCUUGGAUGUUCUUAAGCGGCAGUGCUGUCCAUCAGCAACUGUUGGUUAUUUUUUUUAAUGAGAAUUCCUGUUAUAGGAAGUGGAAAUCCUUGUCUAUUUGACAAUAAAAUAUUUUUUAAACAAUC